GCGCUGCCGCGGGCGGAGGAUCCGGGCCGCGCUUCCUCUCGCCAGGCCUGCGAGCUUCCUCCCCGCGGAGCCCCGGGCGAGCCGAGGUUGGCUGCGACGCCGAGCCCGCCGCCGCGCUCCCGCUGCCGCCCCACCCCGCACCCUGCCCCGGGGUCCUGCCGGGGCGGGGUCCGAGCGGGGCGACCGUCCGGCCGCGCCGCUGUCGGGGCAGUGCCCGGCCAGCCGUCCCUCCCGCCCCAGCCAGCCUUGGCCGCCGGAGCCUCUGGGGCGUGGAGCGCGGGGAGCCCCGCAGCCCCGGAUCGAGCGUCCGGGGCGGCCCCUGGCAGCCGGCGCGACGUUCCAAAAUCGAACCUUGGUGGCGGCCGUUCGGAAGCGGAACUCUGCCGGGGCCGCGCCGGCUACAUUGUUUCCUCCCCCCGACUCCCUCCCGCCCCCCUUCCCCCGCCUUUCUUCCCUCCCCGACCCGGGCCGCGCGGCCAUCCCCCUGCCUCUGUCUGGCCGGCCCUCCUCCCCUCUUUCCGCACCCAUACCUCUUUGUACCGCACCCCCUGGGGACCCCUGCGCCCCUCCCCUCCCCCCUGGCCGCAUGGACCGUCCCGCAGGCCGCUGAUGCCGCCUGCGGCGAGGUGGCCCGGACCGCAGCGCCCCAAGAGAGCUCUAAUGGUACCAAGUGACAGGUCGGCUUUCCUGUGACACGGGGACGCCAGAGCUCCUGAGAAGAUGUCGGCAAUACAGGCCGCCUGGCCAUCCGGUACAGAAUGUAUUGCCAAGUACAACUUCCACGGCACCGCCGAGCAGGACCUGCCCUUCUGCAAAGGAGAUGUGCUCACCAUUGUGGCCGUCACCAAGGACCCCAACUGGUACAAAGCCAAGAACAAGGUGGGCCGUGAAGGCAUCAUCCCAGCCAACUACGUGCAGAAGCGGGAGGGCGUGAAGGCGGGUACCAAACUCAGCCUCAUGCCCUGGUUCCAUGGCAAGAUCACACGGGAGCAGGCCGAGCGGCUUCUGUACCCACCAGAGACGGGCCUGUUCCUGGUGCGGGAGAGCACCAACUACCCCGGGGACUACACGCUGUGCGUGAGCUGCGACGGCAAGGUGGAGCACUACCGCAUCAUGUACCACUCCAGCAAGCUCAGCAUCGACGAGGAGGUGUACUUCGAGAACCUCAUGCAGCUGGUGGAGCACUACACCUCAGACGCAGAUGGACUCUGUACUCGCCUCAUCAAACCAAAGGUCAUGGAGGGCACCGUGGCGGCCCAGGAUGAAUUCUACCGCAGUGGCUGGGCACUGAACAUGAAGGAACUGAAGUUGCUGCAGACCAUCGGGAAGGGGGAGUUUGGAGACGUGAUGCUGGGCGAUUACCGAGGGAACAAAGUCGCCGUCAAGUGCAUUAAGAAUGACGCCACCGCCCAGGCCUUCCUGGCUGAAGCGUCGGUCAUGACGCAACUUCGGCACAGCAACCUGGUGCAGCUCCUGGGUGUGAUCGUGGAGGAGAAGGGCGGGCUCUACAUCGUCACUGAGUACAUGGCCAAGGGGAGCCUGGUGGACUAUCUGCGGUCUCGGGGUCGGUCAGUGCUGGGCGGAGACUGUCUCCUCAAGUUUUCACUAGACGUCUGCGAGGCCAUGGAAUACCUAGAGGGCAACAACUUUGUGCACCGGGACCUGGCUGCCCGCAACGUGCUGGUAUCUGAGGACAACGUAGCCAAGGUCAGCGACUUCGGCCUCACCAAGGAGGCUUCCAGCACCCAGGACACAGGCAAACUGCCGGUCAAGUGGACCGCCCCUGAGGCCCUGAGAGAGAAGAAAUUCUCCACCAAGUCUGAUGUGUGGAGUUUCGGAAUCCUUCUCUGGGAGAUCUACUCCUUCGGGCGAGUGCCUUAUCCGAGAAUUCCCUUGAAGGACGUCGUCCCUCGGGUGGAGAAGGGCUACAAGAUGGACGCCCCUGACGGCUGCCCGCCCGCAGUCUACGAGGUCAUGAAGAACUGCUGGCACCUGGAUGCCGCCACGCGGCCCUCCUUCCUGCAGCUUCGCGAGCAGCUCGAGCGCAUCAAAACCCACGAGCUGCGCCUGUGACCGCCGGCCUCUGCCCAGGUCAUGGGCCUGUGGGGACUGAACCUGGAAGAUCGUGGACCUGGUGCCCCUGCUUGCUGGGACCGACCCUGAACUGAGCCCCAGCGGGCUGGCGGGCCUGUCCCUCUGUCCCGGCCCGCGCCCCUCUGGCCCCUUCUCACAGACCCUCGCACUGGGCUUGGGGAGCCCGCCGAGGGGCCGUAGGGGCUGGAGGGCGGGAGGCAGUGCCCACCAGGCCGGGCUUCCCCGGCCUCCCAUCACUCGCCUUCUUAGAGUUUUAUCCCUUCCCUUUUUUGAGAUUUUUUUCCGUGUGUUAUUUUUUAUUAUUUUUCAAGAUAAGGAGAAAGAAAGUACCCAGCAAAUGGGCAUUUUACAAGAAGUACGAAUCUUAUUUUUCCUGUCCUGCCCGUGAGGGUUGGGGGGACCCAUCGCCCCAGCCUCGUCCCCCAUUCCGUGUUUCGUGUCCCGUGUCGCCUCGGUCGCCCGUGUUUGCGCUUGACCAUGUUGCACUGUUUGCAUGCGCCCGAGGCAGACGUCUGUCAGGGGCUUGGACUUCAUGUGCCGCUGCCACCCGCCCACCUGCCUUGUGAGACGGAAUUGUAAUAAACCACUCCAUGAGGACACCGCC